GCCAAAUCGGGCAAACGCGGCAAACCUCCGCAUCGACCGGCUCCGGUUGACAGCUCCAAUUCCAUCUCUCUCGCCCCACGGAGAACUACCUACUUACAACCUUGAUUUUCGACCCCGGACCGGCUAAUGCGUGAUCACGACUUAGCUCCAUCUUGCAGGUAGCAAGUUAUUGGUUGCUAGAUAGUAGUUCUCAUAUCUAUCAUCUCUUGUCACCGAUCUCUCCAUCUCUCCCCAUUUGGGUAUGAUCUGAUUAUGUCAUGAUCGGAUAUCUGUGCUUAUCGAUUAGUGCCUAGCGAUCGUUUACUGCGAAGUACACGGAAGCCGCCACCACGCCUGGCCGGUUCCAGCAACACCUCCUAUCGCUCUUGAUUGAACCCCUGGGCUUGGGAAGCUCUGAAUUCAACAUGGGGGUGUCACGAAAGACUCCGUCUCAUCAGCAGUAUGCUAGCCCCUCUACACCGACACGCACUCGAGUUCCUCGUUCAAGACCUGUCACAAGCACUCCCACAUCGUCAAAGAGAAAGCGAACGGCAGAUGAGCAGGCAGUCGCUCCAAGUGCGUCAACGAAGAGGCCUCGUCGGUCGCACCCAAAUGGCUCAAUAUCAGGUGCUGUUGAGGUCAUUGACUUGACUGGCGAUACCCCCAGUCCUCCAAGAAAGAGAGCUCGAGUGCAAACACCAAUCGACGAGCCCACCCCUGAACGUCGAGCGAGAAGAUUCCGCACUCAUCCUCCUAAAAUGUAUCUAGAGAGGGCAGCGCGUGCACUAACCCAGCGUAUGUUUGUUGUUGGACAUACUGUCACCGACGUCGAUGAUGCUCCUAAAAUGAGUUUCGACAUUGUCGGGACGACCGGCAAUAUUUACAAGACGACCAUUGGGAAGGUGCCCACCUGCACCUGUCCGGAUGCUCAAAAAGGGAACCAAUGCAAGCAUAUUUGCUAUGUUUUGGUAAAGGCUUUGAGGGCCCCUCGGCAUCUUCAAUACCAAUUGGCAUUCUUGUCAUCGGAGCUGCGGGAUAUGUAUCAUGAUUCUGCUAUCAGCCGGCAACCUGAUACCGAUGAGAAUAAGGAUGGCAAUAGGAAGCCGGUGGAGGGAGAUUGCCCAAUUUGCUUCAUGGAGUUCGAACCCGACAAUGAAGAGAUCGUCUGGUGUCGCGCGGCCUGUGGGAACAAUAUCCACCGGACCUGUUUCCAGAAAUGGGCCGCCACCCAGCAGGCACAGGGAGUUCGAUGCGUUUAUUGCCGUUCUUCAUGGCAGACAGAUGCUUCUAAUUUGACCCUCGACAAACUUGUGAAAGAGGGAACCGUAUCUGCAGACGGAUAUCUCAAUGUGGCCGAGCAGGUUGGCCUUUCUGGGGCGCGCGACUAUUCAACAUAUCACUCUUUUUGGGUGCGCCAACAAUCGUCUUAUAUUGGCUCGCCACGACGUAGACACCCCAGUCACCUCGGGGAAGAGUGAAGGCGGCACUGUUAUCACAUUGUGUCUCAAAGGGUAUCGGACUAUUCCUAUCUUCCGUCUGGGACGGUUGAGACAUUGCUAAGGUGUUAUGGGUGUUGGCGGAUCGGGCUCGGAUGAUGGGUAUCUCUAGGGAAAUUGUAAAGUCGGCUUUCCGAACAUAUUAAUACUUUGCUUUACUGCUCAACUUUAUAGUAGGAUGAGAGACAGAACAACCGGAAUCAUACUGCACC